CCUCCAGCGAAUGCUUCUUGCUUGUCACGGAGGGGAGAUGAAUAUGCCUGUCAAAUUGGCUAACUCGGUUUGGCUGAUGGAGGUAAUGCAGGACACAACUUGCGCAAGUCGGUGGCCGGUGCAUAGUGAGUUCUCAUAGUCGUUUCCAUCUCGGCCACCCGUGCUACUUGCUAACCAUGGUUGUAGCGGUCCCGACCUCGCUCGGAAACUCUCGCAGCUCGUCAAGAUGGAGAAGAACGUGAUGCGAUCGAUGGAACUUGUGGGUCGCGAGCGCCGCGAGGUGGCCCGCCAGCUCUCCAUCUGGGGCGAGGAGUGCGACGAGGACGUCUCCGAUAUUACGGAUAAACUGGGAGUUCUUAUUUUCGAGAUCGGUGAGCUCGAGGACCAGUUCAUCGAUCGGUACGAUCAGUACAGAGUCACCAUCAAGAGCAUAAGGAAUAUCGAGGCGAGUGUACAACCGAGCCGUGAUCGCAAGCAGAAGAUUACCGACCAGAUUGCCCAGCUCAAAUACAAAGAUCCCAACUCGCCGAAGAUUGUGGUGCUGGAGCAGGAGCUUGUGCGUGCUGAGGCCGAGUCGUUGGUUGCCGAGGCCCAGCUAUCGAACAUCACCCGCGAGAAGAUCAAGGCGGCGUUUACGUACCAGUUUGAUGCCAUGCGCGAGCAUGCCGAGAAAGUUGCCAUGAUUGCAGGCUAUGGAAAGCACUUGCUGGAGCUUAUUGACGACACGCCUGUUACUCCCGGUGAGACGAGACCGGCUUACGACGGAUACGAGGAUAGCAAGAGUAUUAUCCAAGAUUGCGAGGACUCACUUACUAACUGGGUCGAAUCCCGAGCCAUGGUGCGCUCCCGCCUAUCUCAGCGCGGUGUCCGUCCCCGCCGAACCGGUGGCCGUGCCUCCCGCGUCCGCCAACCCAUCAAUCUCUCGGACCAAGACCGUCCCCUCCACGACGAUGGCUGGGUUCCGGCCGAUGAACACGAGCGAAAAGUGACUGGCCGUAACAGCCUAGUCCUUAACCGCGAGGAUGACGACGAAUACGAAGACAUCACUGACGACGAGCGGCACGCACCGCGCGCCCGCCGCAGUCUGGAUGAUGAGCGUCACUACAAGAACGCUGCAGCCGACUCCCGCGGUCAUCGCGAAGCCGAUAACCUGGUUGCCGAUGAAUGACAGACGUCGAACGCCGGAGGCGGCAUUAGCGGUGGCGAGGGCCGCAACGAAAGGGGGUAUGUUAUUGGAACUGGCAUCAGUUCUGGUGGAUUUAGAACUAGGGAUUCGGGCGUGGGGGGGCUAUCUAAUAUUGCGACUACUGGAACUGGAUAUCAUGAUAACGAUUCGACGACACCACGGAGUUUUGCUAAUGACCGGAAGAUGAUGGAGGA